AGUGACAUUUCACACUACAGCACACACUAAGAAAGUGAAUGGUGACUGAGGCUGUCAUUCUCCCUGACAUAGCCUUCUGUGUGCGACGGAAGCAAGAAAGUCAAAUGGGUUUGGAACAACAUGAGGUCACGAAGAUGACCGGCUCGAGUAAUCCCAGGUUCCGUCUUAUGAUUGGCUGGUGCUGCUUGAUGUCUGCAGCUCUAAUUAUAAUGACUGUAAUUCUCGCUACAAAGACCGGUUGCCACAAUGAGCACAAUACAAACAAGACAGCAAACAGAUACAAAGAACACAGUUCAAAAGAAAACGACACCCCUCUUAAAGACCAAAUGAUAGGUUUCCUGCCUGGCCAGUCUUUCAAAGACUAUAUCCGUCUAAUCAGUGAUUCUGUAGGAGACAGCCAAAAAUCCUGGAUCUGUAGUCCCACCCCUCUGUGUGACAGCAGCUCAUUCUCCCUGAACAACAGCUCUGUGGAAAUUAAAACCAGUGGUUUGUACUACAUCCAUGCCCAAGUUGGCUUCGAUCUCAGUCAGCGACACAAUCAAGUGACGAAGAAGCCGGAGACUAUUACUUUGGUCAAAAAUGGCAAGAGAAAGCUUAGUGAGGUCAAACGCUAUGAAGCAGGAUCUGUGUCAAUGAUACGAAUAGUGCAGCUAAAGGAGGGAGAUAGCAUCGGACUGGAUAUACAGGUAGCAUCUAUGAUCCUAUCAACUGAGGAUUCACAUACUUACUGGGAAAUUCUAUUGCUUUACCAUAUAUAUUAAUUCUAGGACAUAUCCUCUCAGGAGCUGAAAUUAUUUUUCAGACCCUGAGAUUGUUUUUGUUCUUAAGGAUUAUGUAAAAGAAGUAAAGUGUCUGUGGAUUUAUUCAGAACAAAAAAUGCACUGUUCCAAGCUCAGUUCUUUCUAAUAACCUAUGGUCUAAUGAAUAUGU